AUGGAUGUGGAUGAUGACAAGGCUGAUCUUCUCCGCAAGGAGAUGGAUGUUUUGAUGGGAGCUGUGAAUAAGCAUUACGCUUGGCUCGUCUCGGACAAACUUCCAGGAUCUGUUAAACGUAGGAGGGAGAUGCAAAAUUACAUCAAACUUCCAGAGGGGGCAGAAUGUAGCAAUAAUACCGGACACAUAUCAGUGCUAUUGGGGGCCUUUUUCGAAUAUAACGCUCCGGUGGACCCGGAACUUAUGGGCCAGGGCCUAGUUGAAAGGACUUAUUUCGCGCCUGAGGGGACACUCACCGCCACUCCUUUGCAUCAUCUAUAUCAUGUUACCGAUAAGGGUAGCGAUCAUGUUACUCUUUCGAUGAGCACACCAAAGGAAUUCCGUAGGCGAAUUACCGAGACAGAGGAAUUCCGUACGCGGAUACCCGAGAGAGAGUACUACAAGAUGACAUUAUGUUCCAUGUAUUUCCUUCCUAAUCUGGAUUCUCGAACCCUACUUAAGCUUCUUGCGCCAUUAUUGGCACAAUAA